CUGCUGCAGAGUAAGUGCCACCCAGUCCCCAAGUGUCCGGAGCCGCUGCUGCUGCUGCCGGGCCAAGGAUACAAGAAGCCCCCAGGGGUAGGUUGGUUGGAAACCCUCGUCAGGGGAAAGGAAGCGGAUAGAGAGAGAGAGAGCCUGUUGCCCGCGCCUUGCUGGAAAAUAAGACGCCGUCUCUCUUUGGAGCUUGGGUUGAAGAAUCUUCCCGAGGAUAUUUUACCGGGGCGUCAGGAGUGAUAGCUACUCUCUGGGAGCUGAAUUGGGAAAAAAAAAAAAAAAAAAAAAAGGACAGCGGAGAAAGAGUGCUUAGGUAACACCGGACUUAAAGCUUUGUUUUCAUUUUGCGACAUACAAAUUGAUGCACGUGGUUUUAAAUACAGUAUAACAUCCUAAUAGAACUAGGUUGUGCAGUGAAAGACUCGAUAGCUUAGUCAUUUUACGUAAAGGGAGAAGGGCAGCCUUAUUAUGGGGUUAGACAGCAAAAAUGAAUUUGGUCAUGAUAUAAUCAUAUCUCACGAUGGUAUCUAACUGCAGUCCUGUCCUAUGGAGCGGAAAAAGUAUACUUCCUUCCUUCUUUCUUAGUUGAAGAAAUAAACCCACGAUACCAAAUUCAGAAAGAAGUUUGGGUUUGUUUUAUAUGGCUACUAAACAUCAUCCUGCUCCCUGGGCUUGUAAGAAAGGAAGACUGCAUUAAAGUGAUCACUGAUGAAUAUGUGUCUAAGGAAGAAGAAAAAGCAAUAUUCAUUUCUGACCAUGGCAAAGCAAUCUGAAGUUACCCGUCUCCCCCUAACCACUGAUUUGGCACGGAUGACAAGAAACUAUCUUUUGACUAACCUUUUCCAACUGUCCAAAAUGCUGCAUAUGAAGAUGCUUUAAUUCACAGUCAAAGCACUUGGAUUUUUAUCAAGGCAAACUGUUGGCAUUGUCAUAACAGUUUCUGUACACUGAUUAGUGAAAUGUUUUUUAAGUAGCAAGUGAUGCAUAAAUGGAUGGACGUGUACCUAGAAAACCCUGUGAGAAGUCUUUCUUUGGAUCCUGGGAAUUUUUAUUUUUGUGGAUUACAGUAAUUCUUGCAAUAAUCCCAGCAGUUAACUGCUAAUGCAGUUGUUCUGGAAUGCAUCUAUGAAUACCGUCACAGAUAAAUCUGUCUGACAAGGAAAACCCUAAUGCUGGAAGAUCUGUGAACAUGAUGCAUGUGAAUAAUUUCCCCUUUAGGAGGCAUUCAUGGAUAUGUUUCGAUGUGGACAAUGGUACCUCAUCGGGACGAAGUCCCUUGGAUCCUAUGACGAGCCCUGGAUCAGGGCUGAUUCUUCAGGCAAAUUUUGUCCACAGUCAACGUAGGGAGUCUUUCCUUUACCGGUCAGACAGUGACUAUGACCUUUCUCCAAAGUCUAUGUCCAGGAACUCUUCCAUUGCCAGUGAUAUACAUGGAGAUGACUUGAUUGUGACACCAUUUGCUCAGGUGCUGGCCAGUCUGCGUACUGUACGGAAUAACUUUGCUGCAUUAACCAACUUACAAGAUCGGGCACCCAGCAAACGAUCACCAAUGUGUAACCAACCAUCUAUUAACAAAGCAACUAUAACAGAGGAGGCCUACCAAAAACUGGCCAGCGAGACCCUGGAGGAGCUGGACUGGUGCCUGGACCAGCUGGAGACCCUGCAGACCCGGCACUCGGUCAGCGAGAUGGCCUCGAACAAGUUUAAAAGAAUGCUCAACCGGGAGCUAACCCAUCUAUCUGAAAUGAGCAGGUCAGGCAAUCAGGUCUCAGAGUAUAUAUCGAACACAUUCUUAGAUAAACAGCAUGAAGUUGAAAUCCCCUCUCCAACUCAGAAAGAGAAAGAGAAAAAGAAGAGGCCAAUGUCCCAGAUCAGUGGAGUCAAAAAACUGAUGCACAGCUCCAGCCUAACUAAUUCCAGUAUCCCGAGAUUUGGAGUUAAAACAGACCAAGAAGAUGUUCUUGCCAAGGAACUAGAGGAUGUGAACAAAUGGGGCCUUCAGGUUUUCAGAGUAGCAGAGUUAUCUGGAAACAGACCUUUGACAGUCAUCAUGCACACCAUUUUUCAGGAACGCGACUUGUUGAAAACAUUUAAGAUUCCAGUAGAUACUUUAAUAACUUACUUGAUGACCCUGGAAGACCAUUACCAUGCAGACGUGGCGUAUCACAAUAACAUACACGCCGCAGAUGUUGUUCAGUCAACGCAUGUCUUGCUGUCAACCCCGGCAUUAGAGGCAGUGUUCACUGACUUGGAGAUUCUUGCAGCAAUUUUUGCCAGUGCAAUACAUGACGUAGAUCACCCUGGGGUUUCAAACCAGUUCCUUAUCAACACAAAUUCUGAACUCGCCUUGAUGUACAAUGACUCAUCAGUACUGGAGAAUCAUCACUUAGCUGUGGGCUUCAAGCUGCUUCAGGAAGAAAAUUGUGACAUUUUCCAGAAUUUGACCAAAAAACAGAGGCAAUCAUUGAGGAAAAUGGUCAUUGACAUCGUACUUGCAACAGACAUGUCUAAGCAUAUGAAUCUAUUGGCUGACUUAAAAACUAUGGUUGAAACCAAAAAAGUGACCAGUUCUGGUGUCCUGCUUCUCGAUAACUAUUCAGACAGGAUUCAGGUACUUCAGAAUAUGGUGCACUGUGCAGAUCUGAGCAAUCCAACCAAGCCACUCCAUCUCUACCGCCAAUGGACAGACAGAAUAAUGGAGGAAUUUUUCCGUCAGGGAGAUCGGGAAAGAGAGAGGGGAAUGGAGAUAAGUCCUAUGUGUGAUAAGCACAAUGCAUCUGUAGAAAAAUCACAGGUGGGCUUUAUAGACUACAUUGUUCAUCCUCUGUGGGAGACAUGGGCAGAUCUUGUUCACCCAGAUGCCCAGGAUAUCUUAGAUACACUGGAGGACAAUCGAGAAUGGUACCAGAGCACAAUCCCUCAAAGUCCCUCUCCUGCACCUGAUGACCAGGAAGAGGGUAGGCAGGGCCAAACUGAAAAAUUCCAGUUUGAACUUACACUGGAAGAAGACGGUGAGUCAGACACCGAAAAGGACAGUGGAAGUCAAGUAGAAGAAGACACCAGCUGCAGUGACUCCAAGACUCUUUGCACCCAGGAUUCAGAAUCCACUGAAAUUCCUCUUGAUGAGCAAGUAGGGGAAGAAGUGGAAGAAGAGGAGAACCAGGCAGAACCUUGUGUGGUAGAAGACCAUUCUUCUAACACACAACAAUGAAGACGCAAUCUCUUUCUCUCUUGGCCUCUCUCUUUCUUUUCCUUCUUUCUGUGUUUUUUUUGGUUUUGUUUUUGUUUUUUUUUCUUCUUCUUCUUCUUCUUCUUCUUCUUCUUCUUCUUCUUCUUCUUCUUCUUCUUCUUCUUCUUCUUCUUCUUCUUGUUUUUUUGGUUGUUUUUGGUUUUUUUAAUAGGUAAUGGUUUCCAAGUGUAUGUCAUAUGCUACAACCAUGGUCACAACUCGCUGCCAUCUGCCAGGACGUUUGUUGAUCAAAACUGACCUUGAUGACUCAGUUUGGCACUCAGGAAUAUUGUAACCAGAAUUUUCACCUCCAUGGCACCAGAAAACAGAGGGGAGAACUUCCAUAUACUACACUUUAAUGAGCUCUCCAUUUGGCAGAUUUGAGUCAAUAAAGCAAAUGUUUCAGAGGAGUACCACCUGCAAAACGAAUGCUGGUAUGCUUUGAUAGUUUUUGAAUUCAUUGUAUUUUACAAGCAAAGCAUUGGAAAAUAUUCAUCAUGAGAGGAAACAGACAGAAAAUAAACUGAGGUCCCUGCGGGAAAAUAAAUGCACAUAAAUGAUGGGCCACAACAUGAUUCUGUUACCAAUAGGAAGAUGAGCUGUGGAAAUUGCGUAAUUUUCUAAUUUCAAGUCUUCCUGAUACGUGACUGAAAAAAGUGUGACCCAGUGGGUUGCACUAACCUCUGCAUUUUGUAUAAUAUGUAAAAGAGAUCUUUUGUAGAGCUUACUUUUAUUAUUAAAUGUACCAAGGUAUUAUAUUUAAAGAAAAACAGUUUUAGGCUUCAUCUGCCACUGGUUAUUUUUUUCCAAAGAGUAACUUGCAAGUUUUCAGUACAAAUCUGUGCUACACUGGAUAAUACUUCUAGGGUUUUUUUUUCCCUUUUCUUACUUUUUUUUUUUUUUUUCCCCAUAGAAUCUCAUGGUAAUAUUCAGCUGUAAAUGUCUAUUAUUUUAUAUAUUAGUGAGUUCCAUAUUACUGAAAAGUCUUUCAGUAUGAUGGCUUAUUUUUUUUUGUUUUUACCAUAAUUUCCCCAAAUGUAUUAGAGGAAUUUAGGCUAUGCUUUUUGCCUUCAUAGUGGCCUAGUCCUGCCAAUUCUGUUUUACGACAGGAAGUAGUCCCAGUUGGUUUCACUGGGACAAAUCCUAAUCACUACGAUUAGGAUUUGCAGGACUAGAGCCCAUUAGAAAGUUAAUGUAAUUGUUAUCUUAAUACAUAAGCAGCUCUUCUGCUAUACUAAUAAAAUUGUCCCUCUGAAACACAGUUUCCUGACCAUUUUUGGCUGGGAGCUAUAGAAUGCUAGAUCAGAAGAGGCUAGAACAAAGUACAGAAUAUUUGUUCUAGUGAAAAAAGCAUUAGUGUAAUAGUUCCAGUUCUGACUCUCUUAAUAACUUUUUAUCAGUGUCAGCUAUCUAGUUAAAUCCUUUGUUAAUCUAAGAUGUGUACAACAUAAAAAUAAUGAUCAGCAUUUUUUUUUCAUGUCUUUGCAAGAAGAGCCAGAUCAGUCUUGUCUUUUUAUGUUUUUAAGUAAAUGAGCAAUGCAUCAUGAGAGUUGUAGUAUACUCCACAUUAUUUCAAUCUCAGAUCUUUUCAUCCUUUAUCCAGCUUGUGCUGAAGGAAUCCUGUUUUUCGGUUUGAUUGGUACUGAAAGCUUAUGUAACUUGGAAAGUUAAAGGGAGGCAGGAGUUCAUAUUUGUCAUUUUCCAGAUUUUCCAGCCUAGUUGUUGGGUCACAUGAAAGAAGGAGGAAUUUUAUUUUCUCCACUUUACUCUUUAGUAGUUUUUAGUGUAGAUGAUGGGAAAUAGUUGCCUAGGGAAGCUAGCAGGCUCCCACUGUAAAAUGACAGUGUCAAGGUGAUUUCUGAACAAAAGAAGAGCAAGAGCAGUUAUUUCCCCUUUGGAUUCAUUUUGUAGUGAAUUUGCAGAUAUGAAUACAGAUGUUUUGUUUUAACUGUCUGAGAUCUAGAAUGAAAACCUGUUUGGCUAAUAAUUCAGUUUUUAAAUGGAUUUUGCAUUCUUCUAGAUACAGGUCAUAGUUUUUUUCUACCUUUAGCCCUCACAGGACCUUAGCACAGAAGAUGCUGAAGGAGGAAAGAGAAUGAAGACAACUCGUGUUUUUUCAGUUUUUGACCAUUUUUUUGUUCUUCAUCGUUUCUUCCUGCACCUGAUCCAUCUAAAAAUCCUUUCAUUCCCCGAGUGCCUGGAACCUUACUAAUGGAAAAGCAAUAUAAAUUCCAAAAUAACCAAUAGGAACUGAAAAGGUUUUGUAUCUGCACUAAUUGAAGGUAAAUGAAAAGAGUAACACCGUAUUGUGAGAUAUACAUCCAUACAUGUGGACAAUCAAAUAAUAGACAUUUAUCAUUUCUUAGAGAUGGGGAUAUAAUGCAGAAAUGGGGAUAUAAUGCACUGUACAAUCUUUUUUUUUCGUCGUUUGCCAAAGUGUGUUUUAGCAUUGCACACUGCUUUAAAACAAUACAAUUUACAAGUGGCUUUAUGUGUUCUGAAUAUUUUUGCCAUAAGAAAAUGCAGUGAGUGCGUUUUGAGUGGGGGGAAAAAAGAAAAUUCACCUUGCUUGUAACAGUACACUUUAGCUUGCAAGUUACUGUACUCAAUAAUGCUGUAUUUGAAUUGUUAAAUUGUUUUGUGUCAUUAAAAAUGAUAGUGAAAGAAUAUAGAUAGAACAAAUAGCAUUCAGAAGUUUUAAAAACUUGAAUGAAAUGGAUUUUACAGAAAGCUUUGACAGUUCUUUUCAAAUGCAUUAUUUAUUUUAUUUGUGCCAUGCAUUUUUCUCACCAAAUGACCUUACCUGUAAUACAGUCUUGUUUGUCUCUGUUUACAACCAUGUAUUUAUUGUAAUGUACAUACUGUAAUGUUAAUUGUAAAUUAUCAGUUCUUAUUAUAACAUCAUCCUUGUCAGGGUGGUGUUGCUAUAUUUGGAAACUCUUGGUGAGAGAAUGAUAAUUGUGUAUACAUAUUCCUUGUACAUUUUUUCUCCUGUAAUAUAUUCAAUGUCACCUUAGAGCUUGUUUAUGGAAGAUUCAAGAAAAGUAUAAAAUACAUAAAGAUAUAUCGAUAAAAAAAACAGCUGCAGGUCUUUGGUCCCAGGGCUGUGCCUUAACUUUAACAAUAUUUUCUUCUGUUUUGCUGCAUUUGAAAGUAAGGUAGCUGUGGGGCUAGGGCUGGGCAUUUCUACUGUGUUUUUAGUUGCUAACUGAUGGGUUAACUCGUACAAGCUAAUAUGCAUGAUACUACAACGAGCUUUCAUUCAUGACCCUACUAGAAGUUCAAGCUUUUCCAGACUUCUGGCAAUAAAAUCAUAUUGCCUCUUUGAUUAUCUUUUUACGGGCUAUCAUCAGGGAUUAUUGCAGCCAUUUUUUUGUCUCCCUCCCUACCUCCCCCCAAAAAACUGAUGCUGUAUUUCAGUACUGAAUUACACUGAAACAGCUUUGGAAAGCAUUUCUAAAAAGCAUUUGAUUUUAAUGCAUGUUGGGAAAUGGAAUAAUCAGAACAGUAUAAUUCAUAUACUUUUACAAUCAUCUGUAAUAUCCCUUCUUUAUUUAGUAGCACAAACUUUAUCACUGUAUAAGCAGAAUCCACAAAGUAGGACAGAAAGCAGCUUUAAUCUUGGAAAUGCUUUCCAACACCAACAGUAGUAUUAGCAGCAGCCAAAGUUUUAUUUUAUAUAGAUGUAUCUAAGGCUUUGUACAGUUGUGUAUAGCAUAAUGCACUAGAUCUACAGGACAGUGGUAAACCCUUAGAUCUUUUAAUAACACUAGUAUUAGGCUUGCGGGUUGGACUGAGCAUCUCUUGCUGUUUGACUGGUCAUGUUGCUCCGGAGCUGAUGUCAAUGAAUUUGCCAGAGUGAGGUAAAUACCUCUCCUCCAUUCCAGCGAUGCCCAGCCCUUGUAGCAUGCGACUUCUUUGUGAAAGGAGAGAUUCUUUUUCAAGGAAAAAUAGAGCCUCCUUUUUGACACAAACUGUAGAUUUUAGCAGCCCUGGCCCAAAGGAAAUCGACUGCUUUGUGUUUUAAAUGGUAUAAAAGGGACACUAUAACAACAGAAAUCCUGAACAAUUUUUUGUUAUUAAUUUGAUUUUUCCUUUGGGUAUGUCUUGAGAGUGGCAAUUUGUGUGAACAUUGCACAUGACUAUUCUUUCACUGGUUUCUUAGCCUCUCUUACAGCCUAUGGGAUAGUACUGUACAUCAAUACCUUCAUAUGAAAUUUUUAUAUGCAAUGGAAAUAAAAGCAUGGGUUGAUUCUGCCUA